AUGGGCGACCAAGCGUUGCGCGUGGGCGACCUCUAUUGGACCCAAAGAGAGCCCAACGAAUGGGUUCUGGUCCAGAUGUGUGACGUUGAUGAAGCAGCAGCCUCCGCCACGGCCGCGUUGGUCGACGAAGCCACUGGCGGCCCGGUCGUGGGCUCGGAGCCCUUCACGUUGAGUACGAUCGCGUGCGCAGUCCGCCCGGCCAAUCCUCUCUUCACCACUAGCGCCGACAUGACCGCAUUGCGGUACUUGCACGAAGCUUCGUUGGUGAAAAACCUGCACGACCGAUGGAUCGCCGACGAAAGGCAGCCGUACACGUCCAUGUCGAACGUGCUUAUUGCCGUGAACCCGCUACGGUACUUGACGUCCGUGGACAAGUCCAUGUACGUCCGGCAAUCCCUAGACAUGUCACCGCCGCACCCGUUCCACGUCGCCGAAAAUGCCUACCGACAGCUGCGGUCUGUGCGCCAAAACCAGUCAAUUGUCAUCAGCGGCGAAAGCGGGUCAGGGAAGACUGAAACGUCUAAGAUCAUCUUGGACUUCUUGACCGAUCGAUCUGGACUCGGGUCGAUGUCAUCUGGGGCAGACAAUGCACACGAGCAUGCGCUAGGCGACCGGCUCAUGAAGACCAUUCCAAUCUUGGAGUCGUUUGGAAAUGCCAAAACCCAUCGCAACCACAACUCGAGCCGGUUUGGCAAGUACAUGCGGCUGCAGUUCUCCCCGGAUGUCAUUGACCUAUCGAGCACGGCGCUGCGCUUGACCGGUGCGUCCAUCGACACGUACUUGCUCGAGACAUCUCGGGUCGUGCUUCCCCCAUCGGGCGAGCGCAACUUUCACGUGCUUUACGAGCUGCUUCGAAGCGGCGACGCCAAACUGUUGAACGAUUUGAAGCUCAUUCCGAAUCCGUAUGCGACUGGCGCGCAUUACGAUGAUAUCGACGGCUGGAUCGACAAGUAUCAGUACCUGAACCAGUCUGGGUGCACGUCCAGCCCCCUUCUCGACGACCGCGGCAACUUCGGCAAGCUAGUUCAAGCCCUAAAGUAUGUCAACAUUGACGCAACCGACCUGUUUCGAGUCGUGUCGGGGCUACUGCACCUUGGGAACGUGCAAUUUGGAGAAGAAGAAACGUGUGAAGGCACGACGGCGGCGGUGCAUCCCGACGACAUGGCGGGUGGCGCGGUGGCUGUGGCGGCGGAGAUGCUCGGCCUGGAACCCACCAGCCUCGUCAAUGCGAUUUUGACCAAAAAGUUCAGCCGACAAACCCAAGGCCGCCCAGGCAUGUUGCAACGGGAAGCGUCUGUGCACUUUAAGAAAAAGGACACGAGGCAGGCCAGCUACUCGCGUGACACGAUCGCCAAAGUCAUUUACGAACAAGUGUUUGGGUCGCUUAUGCGGCAAUGUGCCGACGCCCUCGAGUUCAAUUUUGAAAAAAAGGACGAGUUGCCGUACAUUGGCGUGCUCGACAUCUUUGGGUUUGAGGACUUUGAGCCCCAGAAUCGCAACUCGCUGGAGCAGCUCAUGAUCAACUACGCGAAUGAAACGCUGCAAAGCCUGUUCAAUCAGUGCAUUCUCAAGGCAGAACAGGAACUGUACACGUCCGAGCACAUUUGGGCCCCGCAACAGACGUCCGUGGUAUUUCCUUUUGCAUCUAGGAAUAUGGGGAGCAGAGACACAUCCCGGCGUUCGGGUGUGGAUGGCCCGUCCCAUGCUCCUAUUUCGUACGUCGACAACAACGAGUGUUUGUCCUUGAUUGCCGCAAAACACGAAGGAAUAUUUGCAAUCCUGGACACAGUGGCCAAAGUCGCGGGACCGACGGACCAGCGAUUGAUUGACAACUUCCACAAGUAUUUUGGAAACCAUCCGUGGUACGAAGGAAGUUACGUGCAUUGUUCCUUGCAAAACCACCGUCAAAAUGUGUUUGGGUCGCUUAUGCGGCAAUGUGCCGACGCCCUCGAGUUCAAUUUUGAAAAAAAGGACGAGUUGCCGUACAUUGGCGUGCUCGACAUCUUUGGGUUUGAGGACUUUGAGCCCCAGAAUCGCAACUCGCUGGAGCAGCUCAUGAUCAACUACGCGAAUGAAACGCUGCAAAGCCUGUUCAAUCAGUGCAUUCUCAAGGCAGAACAGGAACUGUACACGCGUUCGGGUGUGGAUGGCCCGUCCCAUGCUCCUAUUUCGUACGUCGACAACAACGAGUGUUUGUCCUUGAUUGCCGCAAAACACGAAGGAAUAUUUGCAAUCCUGGACACAGUGGCCAAAGUCGCGGGACCGACGGACCAGCGAUUGAUUGACAACUUCCACAAGUAUUUUGGAAACCAUCCGUGCUUUGUCCAACCACAUCCCAAGGACAUGCACCAUACGUUUUGCAUUCGCCAUUAUGCGGGCGUCGUACGGUAUCGCAUCGAUUCGUUCUUGGACAAGAACAGCAACGUCACGUCCAGGCAGUUCCACGACCUGCUAGCUAGCUCAACGUUGGCCAUUCUCCACACCACAUCCGCAUCAUCGCAGACCCCAUCAAGAAUCACUUCCGACUCGUCCCUUGGUUCUAUGACUCGUAGCCCCACGCCAUCCACCAAGAAGACGUCUGGCAGCAUGUCGUACUUGUUUUCUAUGCAAAUGCGGACGCUGACGAGCGAACUCAACUCGACGCGAAGCAACUUUAUCCGGUGCAUCAAGCCGAAUGCCGCCAUGGACGCUCGGGUGUUUGAUCGCCGCAGCGUCCUCGACCAACUCCGCAGCUCCGGGACCAUUCAAGCGUGCCAAGUGCUCCAAGUGGGUCUUCCCACAAGGGUGUCGUACGUGGACGUUGCCAGCAUCUACACGACCCUGUUGGGGGCGGAUUUUAUGUUUGACUGGUUUCACGCGAGCGACCGGGUGUUUACCCAAGCGCUGUGCCACGUGCUUGGCUUCCCCGCAGAUGCGUAUCGUCUCGGCGACUCCCGCCUCUUUUUCAAGACAGGGCAAAUCCACUUGCUCGACAGUGUGCUGCAAGUCAGUUCCCCUUCUACGAUGACCCCCGAUACUCUCAAAGCCGCCCUCACGCACUACAUGGCCAAGCGACGGUGGGUGUCCGCUGCGACGAAAGUAGCCGUCUGUCGGUAUGUCCAGUUGGCCUACGUGGAUGUGCAACGCAAGCGCCACGUCAUCGUGCUGCAGUGCUGGUUCCGCCAGCACUUGGCAUGUCGACUCGUGGCCACCGAGCGGACACAGCGGCGGGUCGCCAACAUGUGGGGACGUCUGGUCCACAAGUCGGGGGUACAACGCGCGUUCGACGGAGCCCAAGAGGACAAGCUGGCGUUGCUGGAGGCGUUGCUUAGCCAGCAGCGCGCGGUGCCGAGCGGAUGCAAGUGGCUUCUUCAGUGGCUCGGGCCGAUGCAGCGGACCAUGUACGUCCAGAAACUGGGCCGGGCGGCAUGCGUGGGAUACUUGGCCAAGCGGGUGUUUGUGGCCAUGUUCGAAACGGUUCGCGAACGGCGCGCAUGUGUCCAGAUCCAAGCGCAGGUGCGUCGAGUGGCGGCGGCGGCGGUCGUGGAUGCAUUGCGGAAACGAAAGCGAGCGCACGAGUUGUGGCGACGCAUCCGCAUCCGAGUCAAGGCCACGAUUUGGUUCUUUGCCAUGUACCGCCGAGCGCAUGUGUCGUGCCUCGAGCGUGACAACGCGCGCCUGCGGGUCGAGAAUGCCCAGCUUCAAGCACGAUUCGAGGGUAGAGGUGGUCCCCACGAGUUGAAAGUUCGAGAGUUGGAGCGACAGGUGCAACGAUUGCAGCAACAGCUGAACGAGGCGACCAACGUCCUCCCGUUGAUCAUCCAGCCAAACGACGCCGCCCGCCACGACGUCCAGACGAAUGAUAUGGGCUGUCAAGUGGACGCAUUGGCGUGGCCACAUAUGACGUUAUUACGUGGCGGCAGCAGCAGCCAUGGCUUGUCGUCGCAUCCCCUCCGUCGAGUUAUCGACGCGGACAUGACAAGUCAGUUUCAACGUGAAGUCCAACAACAGCAAGAACUGACCCAGAAAAUUCGCGAGAUCGUACGCAUAUGCACGAGUCACGGGCCAACGAGCCCACCGUAAGACUGCAAACCCGCGGAUAUAGAAUAAGGAUCGUAGAAAUAAUAUAUCAUGAUAAUAUUUGAUUAGCAUGCCGUGGAUGGAAAAAAUCUGUCUCCGUUGUGCCCAUCCAUUCACGAGUUCACCAUAGUACUUCAUGCGCCG